AUGCCGAAGGUCUCGUUGUCUGCAGCGCGAGCACGCGACGGUGAGAUCUUGGAGAAGCUGGGCAAAGUCCAGAAGGCCGCUGAGAGCCACAAGCAGCAAACAAAGCUCCACCAACAGCGCCACGAGUGGAUCGAGCAGGCCAGGGGCUUGCAGCGCGAGGCGCGACGACUGGAGGAUGAGCUUACGACCGCCACGGUCGAGCUUGGGCUUUGGCCCGAGCUAGAAGCAGAGGCGAAGGCGGCGGCAGAUGCAACCGCUGAAGUUUGGUCGCAGGUCUCCGGGCUGCGCCAGCUCAUUAGUGCACUGCGCCGCCGCGACUCCGCACGGCUACGGCAGUCGCCGCAGCAGGCGGUGGAGCUGCAAUCUGUGCUCAGCACGGUCGCUUCUGCCUUACAAGGCAUCUCUCCCCACCUCGCGCAGGAGGCGGCCGCUUUGGAGGCGGAGUGUGCCCAGAUGCGAGGGGAGCUGCGUCGUGAGCUCGCGUCCGAGAAUGCCUGGACCACGGAGCGAAAGCCGGAGGAUCGUUGCGAGCUGAGUGACGAGGAGGACCUCAUGCUGGAGCAAGCGGAGGAGGAGGAGUACGCCUCCGAGCUUACUGGCUUGAAUGCCCAGAUCCGGGUGACGCUGGCCCAGCUGGAGGAGGAAAUGGCUGAUUUUCGUCGCCGGAAGCAAGGUUGGGACGACGAAGCCCACUUCCGCUUCCUGCACAUCAAGCAGCAGUUUCAGGGUCGUGGACGUGAAUUGCUCACGGAGCGCCUGCGGCUAGAGUUCCCGCACCUGCCGCGCGAGCAGCUCCAGCAGCACGAGGCGACCUGCGAUGGGCUGAAAUUCGCCAGCCAGCGACAGGCAGCCGCCUUUCGGCAGUGGCGCCGCGAACGGCUGGCACUACUUCGGAGGCACCAGCAGCGGUUCGCCGAACGGCGGCGGGCAUCCGAGCUUCUCGCGUUGAAGAAGCAGGAGCUCCUUGACCUUCGAGAGAAAGGCAAGGCCUUGCAAGGCCGCUUGGAGGUCGACCGCGCCAAGGCGUCGGCGAAGCGUGAGGACUUCACCGUCCCGCAGAAGGUCUACCUGAAAUGGCUGCGGCAGCAGAUGGACGUGGAAAGAGCCUGCAUGGAGUUGCCAUUCACAAUCGCUCUGCUGUGCAUCUUCGGUGCCUUUGCCAUCAUCGGCUUGAGCCAGGAUCGCAUCUACAGAGUCCAGCACGCCAUCCAGGAGGACAUCGCCGCCAACGCCAACUUUGCCUUCAGCGGCUACCAGGGUCACAAGAACUACGAAGAUGUCCACAGCAUCGACGACUUCUGGUCUUGGCUUCGCCUCGGCUUCCUGCCUCUGGUCGUGCAGCCAGCUUGGGCAUACUCGGAGGGCAGAGACGUCGCUGUGGCCAGCGUCUUUGAUCUCUCCACGGGCCCUGCAAGGGAGCCGAAUGAGACAUGGAGACUGACUGCAUUUGGAAGCGGGAGCCAGCCACUGCCCAUCACCAGCGACUACCUGCGCUACAACCGCAUAGUUGGCGGGCUCCGCCUUCGGCAGGGCGUCUCGUCCGGCAGUGGCGCGGCCUGUCGCUUUCCGAGCGCCGGUGCAAGAGCCGCCUGGGAGAGGUGGUAUGGCAAGCCCUGCAUGCCGAACUACCAAGAGGUGAUCUACUCCCCAGAGCAUGGAGACGCGCAGACCUUCCGCGAUCCGGUCAGAGUCGAGUGGCUGCUGCCGGACAUGGAUAGUCUUGAUCGCAUCUACGGCCAGGUCCUGGACAUGCAAGAUGGCUGCUCGCAAAUGGAUGUCAAGAAUCGGAGUGAUCCCCGGCCACUUCUUUGGGACUUUUUCCUCAGGUUCGGUGUAAAGCCGGGAAGAGCCAAGCCCGAAAGCUUCGAAGCCAUGGUGGCCCUUGGUCUUACAGCAGUCCUAUUGGGCCUUGGCUUGGGCCAGGUUUGGGCGCGGUGCGAUGAGUGGAACUCGCUUGAGUAUGUGGACUAUGAUGUCAGUGUCAAUUCUAAACUUUGGUUUGACACGAGUGUCUCAUGCAGCGGCGCCGGGUACAACAUAGCGACCUCGCUUGAGAUCACACAUGUUCAGUUCAGCGUCUGUGCCACCGACUACAACUACUGGACGGGUGCUUCAUCUUUCGGCGUCUACACGCAGGCGUUUGAGGACUGCGCAGUGAGCACCAUACUCCGCAACCAAACCUGCAAACCUGUGGCCCUGGACCCCGAGAAAACGAAUCCCAAAGCCCUGCGAGGACAGCGACUUUGGUCGCAUAGAAGCCUUGUCGUCAAGUGGGACCUUGCGGCACGAUGGCAAUUGCGCUAA